CAUUAAACUAUGGUUUCUUUUCUGCUUUGUACACUAUUUCAGAAGCAGCAGGCAUGUCCCACUUCGAAAGCAAAAAGCUAAUAUUUAGCUUAAUGGCAGGAGCUGCUGGAGUAACCUAUGUCCUGUGUUGGUAUCUCAAGACACACAGACGCAGCAAAGCUAUGCCUUUGCCUGUAUUUCCAAAUUCAGCCAACGGUUUUGACUUAAUAGAUUUUCCAUAUGAAACUCACCAAGAAGAAAGAACAGCUUUGCUGUUACAAGGAAGACAGCUUCAGAUAUUGGAGAAAUUGAAUGGCUUGGUGAUCAGUGUGGAAGAACUGAAAAGGGAAUUGACGUUUUUGAAAGAAGCUAUUCCAAAGUUGGAUGAACUUGUUUGGGAUGAACUUCAAGGAAAAACAGAAAGCCGCAGAACCAGCCCUUUACACAGGCCUGCAAAGAAGAGAAAGAUCGAGGCAGCAGCUCCAGGCGUAUCUGAUACCACCAGUUCUGAAGAAGCUGAAAGUGAAGGCGGUUACAUGACAGCUCAUACUGAUACUGAAGGAGAAUCUGAGGAGGAAAAAGGAUGGAUCAAUUCCUCUGUAUCUUCUUUGAUGCCAGAAGAAAAAAAAGAUUUAUUUAAUCUUCUGCAGGAGAUGGACAGAAUUCAUGGUGGCUCGGAACAUGAGAAAAGAGAAAGCUUCAAACUAUUGCUCGAAAGAGAAGAGCAGUACCGAAACCAUCCUGGCUUUCUUUGGAGACUUGCUCGAGCUUAUGGGGACAUGUUUGAGUUAACUACAGAUGCUGAGGAGAAAAAGAAUUAUGCGGCUGAAGGAAAACUUGUUGGAGAGAAUGCAGUUAACUUGGAUCCAUCAAGUGCUGAGAGUCAUCAGUGGUUUGCAAUGAUGUGUGGCUACAUGUCUCAAUUUGAAACUAUACAAAACAAAAUCAGGAACGGCUAUCUUUUUAAGGAACAUCUUGACAAAGCAAUUGCACUUAAGCCACAAGAUCCCCUUUUAUAUUAUCUCAUGGGAAGGUGGUGUUAUGAAGUCGCUCAGUUGUCUUGGAUUGAGAAAAAAGUAGCUGCUGCUCUUUUUGGGAUUCCACCAACUUCAACAAUACACGAGGCUUUGCAGAAUUUUCUGAAGGCUGAAGAAAUACAUCCCAGAUAUUCUAAAUGCAACUACGUCUAUUUGGCAAAGUGUUACAGAGAUCUGGGCCAGAGGAGCAAUGCCCUAAGGUGCUGUGAAACAGCAUUGUCCAUUCUGCCAGUCACCAAAGAGGAUGAAGAAGCUGAGAAAGUUUUAGAAACUUUACUUCCAUCCUUGAAUUUUUGAUGAUGACAUAACACCAUUUAGGUUCUGUGGAAAAAAAAGGCAGAAGACCCAAGUCCCUGUUCUGGAAGCAUUCUGUUGAAUUCAGAGGGAUUUCAGUCCAUUCUGGAGUUAAGAUUUGAGCGGAUAGGAAGGAAUUUUAAUUUUUAAUUAUGGUGGUUCAGUGACAAAUGAAUGGACUGAUUUCUCUAAGCCCAUCAUUUUUGUACAAGUUACUUCAGGACCUGCAAUAAUAAAAAAAAAACGUAUGUGCAAUGUUAUCAGUUGAACAGGACAGUCUUGCAUUCUGUCCAUACAACCCCAUUAAGGUGAGUUUUCUGAGGCCAUGUGGACCAAUUGAAUGGGGCUGCUGUUUUGUGUGAAAAAAUGCAGAAGAAAAGUGAAACCAUCUGUUCUUUCCCUCUGGCACUACCCUUUUCUAAGCUGAAGAAAAAGCAAUUCACUCGGGAAAUGGCUUUAUUUUUUUAAUUCUUUACUUUUGCAACAUCAAGCAGGAGAAUAUUGCUUGCUGCAUUCCUUUUAUUUUCAUAACAUUUAUCUCCAAUAAACAGGUUGCCAUUCAGGAUCCUUAAUGAAUGGUAUCAAUGAUCUUAACCCAGGGAAAUCAACCAUCUUUUCUUUUUUUCUUCUUUUUUAAUUUAUAGAGACAAUGAAUUUAGCAUUUAAAAUACUAAUUUUAACUUGUUGGGACUCUCCAAAUGUGAAAUCCACUGCUGGCAAUGGAUAUAUUUGUAGUUACUGAAUGAUGGGCAUAAUUUUGCCUAGAAGGAUUAGCUAGUUUUUUGCCUGAAUUAGAUGUGUGUAGCUGAGUUUUCUGCUGAACAAACAAGGGAGAUAUUAUAUUAUGUGUUUCUUUUCUCUUGAAAAAUAUCAAUUUUGUGGGGAAAUUAUACUUUGUGGAUAUAAUUUGGUCUUUGAAUC